AUGAAGAGAACCGGCCACAGCCGUCCUUCACCCUCUUCCGCAAACUCUGGCCCAAAACUACCAAAACCCCAACCAAAACAAGAGCCUGACUCGGACAACAUCGCCAUGGGAGAUAUUCAGGACUCGGACCUUAUAAAGGCCCAACUCGCCAUGGACGCCUUGAGCGCCAGUCGGGCGACCCGCUCCAAGACCCAAGCACCACCAAAACCACCAACAAUCGAUCCGAGCACCGAAGCCCUUGAUGCUAGCGCUUAUAAGGUCUGGAAGGACCAAGAUACGGGCAAGUUACUGCCCACCUGCGGUGCACUCCUGCCUCCCGGUUAUGAACUGUCCGAUCAUCCCGAACUUCCUUGGAUAUGCCCAGUCAGAAGUUGUCGAGCCCUCUUACCGGGCCUUCCAAAUUUGGGCAGACAUUUUCUUGUGCUUCACCGUGCUUGUCGAUUAAACGAUAAUCUGGACGGCACCUUGACCGACCUUGGGAGAUAUGCCAACCCCACCCCUGGCAAUGGCAGAAGAUUUGGUGGUACCACUAAAUCCUGUAUCAUUGUAUCCAAAAAGUACAGGAGUCCUGCGGAAUCACCCAUGGUUGAACCUAAACCCUACACACCACAUGCCCACAGCAAAUCCCUGCCUGUACAGGAAGUCCCCAAGCGCGAGCUUCGUCGGCGGUCACCAAUCGAUGAGAGUGAAACCAUCCAGAUCUCAGCCAUGAGUGACGAUGAGCUUGACCCCCAGGAUGAGGCCAAGGGUGCUGUUGGUCCUUCCAACGAGGGGCCUACCGAGAAGAUAUUGGUAACCGCAAAAUCCGGACGUCCAUACAACAUGUGGCCUGUAUCGCGUGGAGCAAGAGAGAGUGAACCAUUAGCGGAACCCCAGAUAUCUCAAAACUAUGUCAAUCGAAUGUUGCGACAGCAUCGCAGAGGGAAAAGUUCCUCAACGGGUAGCUCAAUUGGAGAGACUAUCAUCAAGGAUAGUAGAGACUUGCAAGAAAUGCAUAACACAGAACGUACCAGCUCCCCAGCUCUUCAUAACGUUUGCGUAAACGACAACCAAGACGGGACUUUUAGCAUCGUUGAAGGCCGCAGCAAGACCGGUCCUCGUGUUGUGUCUAGGGGCCCAAUGAAUUAUGACGAGUCACCUUUGAGAGAGGCGCAUUUGCCCAACAAGGAACACAGGCGUGUUGUGGAGCCGGAUAUCUCGACCGACGAUGAUGAAAAUCAAAACAACGAAAUGCCGGGCCGGAUAAGCCAAAAGCGGACUCUCGACGAAAUAACAACAUCACCACCAACACCAGAACCAGGAGAGGAAGUUGGGCACCCCGAAAGACUGCGGCGAUAUAUCACCUCCCAGAUCGGGGGUAACUUUCCAGAAAUAGAGGAAACAGAACUGGAAGUUCUCCUCUCUCUACCCCGUCGGCGAGAUCUCAAGUUGAAGCACCCUCUUCCAGUCACUCACACACUCGCUCCUAAGCAGCUCACCGCAGUAGUUGCGCAACUUACUGGGCGCGAAGCCCCCAAGCCUUGUACUGCAUGUCGGCGCCGCGCAGGGCCUUUUAAGGGCUGUAUCACCAUUAUACCCAAGAUUAGCGUCAAGUUACGCAGGUUGGUCUCUGUUAGUUAUCGCAACGCUUGUGCCAACUGUCUUUACGGCAACACAUACAAUGCAUGCAGUAUCAAGCACCUGAACAAAACUGAAGAGCGCGCGACACGCGUGGUUGCGUUUGGAAAUGGUGGUGAUGUAGAAGAAGCAGGGGACGAAGCAGGGGACGAAGCAGGCGAUGAGGCAGAAGACGAAGCGGAUGAGGAGGAGGAGGAGGAGGAGAACGAGGAGGCUUACGAGUACGACGAGCAACUUGGCGCCACGGUCAUCCGGCGCUCGCAAAGAUUUCCUAGUAUUGCUGCUGCGGAAGAGAGCGAGGCAGAUGUGGACGGAGUACCGUCGCCACGAAAUGUGAUCACUCUCAAGGACCCAUCGCCGACUUGCGCUUCAGCUAGCUUGGAUGUCGCAGAAGAGGAACAGGAAGAUGUCGAGUAUCGCCGGGCCAGCAAGCGUCUCCGGACGAGGGAACAAACCGCCGUACCGACCUCAAUUCAGGCCACUGCUGCUUUUGCUUCGUCUUUGUUGGUGUCUAAGGAGGAUCUCGUAACCGAAGACUGGGAAAGAGGUUCAAGAGGGGUUCUCCCCAGGCGGCGCCACCCAUCGGAAAACCUCGUCUACUCCUCCUCGUACCUCUCAGCCAACCAGACCAUCCAGAUAUGCAAAUCGACCACCCUGACAGCACUCACCAUCACCUCGGGUAGCACUCAGCGGCUGCCCGCCGACCAAACCCGCACCCGAAUAUGCACCCUCGUCAGCGGCAAGCUAAGGGUGAUACUGAACGAUGGCGAAGACGAGUUUACUGUUGGCCCACGUGGUGUGUUCAAGCUCAGCCCAGGCGCGACGUGCUUGCCGGAGAAUGGGUGUUAUCUGAACGCGGCGGUGCAUGUAACUGCUGUGGCUGAUCGAUAGUUAUUUCCGGUCGGUGCUCGGAAGAAAGAGUGAAACGAUAGGGUAGAUAAGGUAGGUAAACAUGUGGCUUGGGGAUG